AUGCGAGUUCUUGCUCCAGCAUUAAAGUUCCAUUUCAGGGAAGGACGACGUACCAUGAUACUUUCUGUUUCGUCGAGCCCUGCUUUGGUCUCUGGUUUGAUGGUUGCACGUGCUAAAAAUCCGGUACAUUCCGUUUUGUUUCCCAUCCCAGUCUUUCGCAACACUUCAGGUUUACUUCUUUUGUUAGGUCUCGACUUCUCCGCUAUGAUCUUCCCAGUAGUUCAUAUAGGAGCUAUAGCCGUUUCAUUCCUAUUCGUUGUUAUGAUGUUCCAUAUUCAAAUAGCGGAGACUCACGAAGAAGUAUUGCGCUAUUUACCAGUGAGUGGUAUUAUUGGACUGAUCCUUUGGUGGGAAAUGUUCUUCAUUUUAGAUAAUGAAACCAUUCCAUUACUACCAACCCAAAGAAAGACGACCUCUCUGAGAUAUACGGUUUAUGCCGAAAAGGUACGAAGUUGGACUAAUUUGGAAACAUUGGGCAAUUUACUUUAUACCUACUAUUCCGUCUGGUUUUUGGUUCCUAGUCCUAUUUUAUUAGUAGCCAUGAUUGGGGCUAUAGUACUGACUAUGCAUAGGACUACUAAGGUGAAAAGACAGGAUGUAUUCCGACGAAAUGCUAUUGAUUCUAGGAGGACUAUAAUGAGGAGGACGACCGACCCACUCACGAUCUACUAA